AUGCGUGCUGAUCAACUACUAAAACGACGUCAACAAGAACAUGAACAAAUGGAAAUGAAAAAGAAAAAAAUUGAAGAAGAAAAUCGUAUGCAAGCUAUUGAAGAAAAAUUUAAAGCACAUUAUGACGCUGUUGAACAAAUGCUUAAAACUGAUACAGUUGGUUUAGUUUCAUUAGAUGAAAUGAAAAAAAAACAAGAAGACAUGAUUCGUGCACGUGAACAACAAUUAGCUAGAGAAAAAGAAGCUAAACUUAGUGAAUCAAUGAAAAAUAAACUAAAUAAUCGAAAAGAUACGGGUGCACAUCAACGACCAAAUAAAUUAUCCUUUGCUGAUGAAUGGGAAGAAGAAGAAGAAGAAGAAGAAGAAGAAGAUAAUGAUGAUGAAGAUAAUGAACCAAUCACAAAAAAUCAACCCUUCGAAAUCGAAAAGCCUAUUACAACUGAUGAUAAUUCAUUAUCAAAUGAUAUACCAAAAAAUGAAGAUGUUGAUAGUAAUGAUAGUUCAUCACAACCAGGUCUAACUGCUGCUGAACUUGAUCGUCUUGUUGCUGCAAGCAAAAAGAAACGUCUUGGAAAAAAUCCAGAUGUCGAUACAAGUUUCUUACCAGAUAAAGAUCGUGAAGAAGAAGAACGAAUAUUACGUGAAAAACUUCGUCAAGAAUGGGUUGAAAAACAACAAAAAUUAAAAAAUGAAGAAGUUGAUCUUGUUUUUAGUUAUUGGGAUGGUUCAGGACAUCGUCGUUCAGUUCGAAUUAAAAAACGUAUGACAAUACAAAUGUUUCUUUCAAAAGCACUUGAAAUUCUUCGUCGUGAAAAUAUAUUUAAUGAAUUAAAAUCAGCUUCAGUUGAUCAACUCAUAUUCGUUAAAGAUGAUGUUAUACUUCCACAUCAUUAUUCAUUUUAUGAUUUUAUUGUGACACGUGCUCGUGGUCGCACAGGACUUUUAUUUACAUUCACAGAACCACUUAAACCAAAUGCUAUUGUUGAAGUACCAGCAACGGCUACAACAACAACGGGAAUGAAUGCAAAUGAUUCGACAUCAUCACCAUCAAAUGAUAAUCAAUCAUCAGGACAAACAAUAUCUCAUGCAGGAAAAAUUUGUUUACGUUCAUGGUACGAACGAAAUAAACAUAUUUUUCCUUCAUGUCGUUGGGAACCAUAUGAUCCUGAAAAACGUUGGAGUACACAUGAACAACCAAAAAAUCGUUUUUGUAUUAAAUAA